GUGUUAAAAUGAACUCAAGUGCAAUUUUGUGUGAGCAAACGUACUGAGGUGUCAAGUGUUAACUAACGUUAACUAGCGUGCUAGCGUGUUUGCUAACUCGUCUGUAGCUGGCUAGCUAACUAGUUAAACUAGUUGUUAUAUAACGUUAGUUAACGUAACUAGUUAUAUGUCAUGUGCUUAAACAGGAGAUAUAACAUCUUAUAAGUGUCGCAGCCAGAUUGCCGAUUGGCGCAAGAAUGGCUUCCUUUGGCUGGAAGAGGAAAGCCGGUGAGAAGGUCUUGAAGUCGGUGGUGCAGCAGUUUGAGGCCGCGGCGGAGCAGCCCGAGGCCGCCGGGUCGCGUCCGGGGGACGAGGUGGACUGGCAGCACGCCAUCAAACGGCGGCGAGAGCUCCUGAUGGAGGACUGUGCAGCCAAGAGCCAGAGGCUGAAGGACGAGGGCACGGUGCUGGCGGAGCACGGCAGGCACUGGGAGGCCAUUAAGAAACUGGAUGAGGCCAUCCAGCUGACUCCAGACGACCCACUGCUGUAUGAGAUGAAGUCUCAGGUGCUGACCCUUCUCCAGGAAGUGUUUCCCGCGGUGAAGGCGGCGGAGAUGGCGGUGAAGUUCCGCCCCCUGUGGUGGGAGGGCUGGCAGACUCUGGGCCGCGCCCAGCUCAACCUGGGGGAGGUGGACCUGGCCGUGAGGUCCUUCCAGGUGGCGAUCCGCCUCAGCCCGUCGGAGCGCGCCCUGUGGCAGGAGGACCUGCAGUGGGCGCGGCGGCUGCAGCGGCAGCACUCGGCGUCCAAGGAGAAGAGCCGGCAGGAGGAGGCCGCCCGGGAGCAGAUCCUCAACGCGCCCGAGCUCCAGCGGGACUACGACUUCGAGUCCGACGAGGUGCUCGCCGCCUGCGUGGCGGUCGCCGAGCGGCAGGCGCGCUACGAGGAGCUGAGGAGGACCGCCGUGGUCAUGGACGCCGAGGGGAACGUGAGGAACGUGCUCGCCGAGGAGCCGGCGACGCAGGAACAGUUCGUCAAAGCAAGAGGACCCUGAAGGGAAGAGUGAGUGUGUGGUUGUGUGUGUGUGUGUGGUUGUGUGUGUGUGUGUGUGCCCCUGAAACAGGAAGUGGCUUCUUCAGAGGAGAACGUGAAGGUUUAAACAGGACGGCUGAGUUGUGCUGGUUUACAUGUUCCCUCCCCCUUUUUAAUGCUGACUCUGUGUGAAGUUUGUUCAUGUUUUAAAGCUUCAAACUUUAUCUUCCCCGAGUUCCGUGCUUCACCUCGCGCUCAGCUGACGGCGAUCGGACGUGAUGAUCGACUUCAGGAACCGCUCAACGAGUUUCAGCUCGUCGGACGUAUUAAUGUUUCUGAUUGUGUAAUGUGCGUGUGUGCGUGUGCGUUUGUGUGUGCGUGCGUGCGCGGCUUCCCCCUAGCAGUGGUCUUCAGUGUGUGUGUGUGUGUGUGUCAAGGAGGUAGUGAGGGUGUGUGUGUGAAGGAGGUAGAGAGGGUGUGUGUGUGUGCUGCUGCUUCCCCUUAGCAGUGGUAUUCAGUGUGUGUGUGUGUGUGUGUGUGUGUCAUGUCAAUACUGUAAUAGAGUGUGCAUGCUUAAAAAAUUCUGAGUGAAUAAAAUUAUAAUAUGUU